CGCCGCCAGUGUGGCUUGGUCACGGACAGAAUGGUAGUUGAAUUAGUUCGCAUUUGAGCUAACCCGAACCUUUGUUUUAACAUGCUCCGGAAACUCAAUUCUGACAUAAACUGUACCCCAUCUAGUCAAAACAGGUUAGAAAGCCAAUUUCACUCAGCGUUUAUCAACGAAGCCUUCCUAUUUGUACAUCUUGCUGUUGUUGCUGACAUGUAACCGAAACGAAAAAUUGGCCGGCAGAAGAAUAUACGCUGUGCGGCUGAGGUGGGCUGGUUUUAUGAGCGAGCCUGGAUGACUGUGAUGGAGGACGCGGCCACUCGGCUGGAGAGGGAGUAUGUGCACAGCGUCUAUGAGAAGAUUGCUCCCUAUUUUAACGACAGCCGCUACAAGGCCUGGCCCAAGGUGCGCCAGUUCCUACUGGAGCAUGAGCCUGGCAGUAUCAUCGCUGACGUGGGCUGUGGCAAUGGCAAGUACCUGCACGUCAACGGCAGUGUGUUCAAGCUGGGCUGUGAUGUGUGUCUCCCCCUUGUGGACUCAGCCCGGAGCCAGGGCCACGAGGUGCAGCUGUGUGACUGCCUCAGGCUGCCCUACAGGGACAGCUGCUUUGACGGUGUCCUUUCCAUCGCAGUCAUCCAUCAUCUGUCCACCAAAGAGCGUCGUAUUCGAGCAAUUAAAGAAAUGGCAAGGACCCUGCGUGUGGGCGGGCGCAUCAUGAUCUACGUGUGGGCCAUGGAGCAGACACGGCGGAAGUUUCAGAAACAGGACAUAUUUGUGCCCUGGAACCCCAACCCCCCGUCCCCCACCCUGGGCAGGGAGCGGCCCACACCCCGGUGGAGGGACGCAGCACAGAGUGUGAGCGAAUACCUCUACAGCGACAGCAAAGACGAGCACAGGAAGGUGAAAAGCACAUCGUUCGUGCUGGAUGAAGAGAUGGCCUGCAGUCCCCAACAGAGGCUGUGGUUCUUCUCUCGCUCCCUGGACUCAGUCUUUGACUUUGGCAGCCUGACCAUCUCCAGGGCCAACGACAACCACUCCCCCUCCACAGAGACAACCACUCCCCCUCCCUCUACCGCCUUGGUCCAGGAGUGUGGCUCGAUGGCCCUGCCUGACUUGGUCACCUCCUACCAGAUGGAGCACACAGAGGGACCAGGGCGGCCAGGGGAGAGGGAAGCAGGCCCACCAGGAGACCUCAAACAGGACAGCAGUCAGAGCCCUCAGGACAGUGAAGGGGAGCUGCGUCCCAAAUGGCACCCUAUUCCAAAGACUUCCAUCCUCCGUUCCAAUGCUGCUAUCGAUGGACCACGUCUGCCAAGGAUGUGCGUCAUUUCAGUUUUCCCCCUCCAAGCUUUUGAUCUUCUGUUUUUAGCCACAACCCUUGAGACCAUUAGUGGUGGAAUGGGUCUCUCAUAUAUGCAAAUUCUGCCUGUAUUUGUCUUCAAAUAUUCCGCAAUAUACAAGGGGAAUCAACCUUGCUGCAACGUUCUGUGAUGUUGGUAUCCCUUUCUAUGGACCACCUGUGUAUAAUGGGUCAUGUUCUAAGGAGCCAUGUGCUGUUAUUAAGAAUGCUUAAGGCAAGUGCUGUUAUUAAGAAUGCUUAAGGCAAGUGCUAUCAUUUCAAUACUGUCUGUGUGAUGUGUUAAUAUUUUGUCCGGCUGAACUAAGAAUUUUUUGGUCAAAUGAACAGACACAUCCUAGAUGAUACUGUGAAACGUUGCAUUGUAGGUAUGUUGCUGCUUGCUGAAUGUCAGUGGUUCGCACAUGAAUAGUUCUCGGCACAACUUGAAACAUUCCUGUAGUCAAUGAACCAGGGAGGUUGCAUAAGCCGUGCAACUGUUCUAGACCUACUUCUAUGUUACUGGUAUAGAGAUUGAUAUCACCUAGCAUACAUUAUUUUAGUAAAAAAAAUGUAAGGUUUACUUUUUAAAAGUUAACAUUUUUAAGUAUCAUUUGUCCGUGUAUGUUUUUU